UGCUCUGUCGUCCUCGCACGUUGGCUGCACUGUUAUUCAAUAGUUCGUGAUGUUUCUGACGUGAUCGUAUUUUGAGAUUAUUCUUUUUCACUUUUUUCCCAGACAAAAAUCAACAAUUUUUAAUGCAAAUCUGUGUAAUCUAUCCAGAGGACAUAGUACCAGCCUUUAUCAAUCGCUGUCCCGACACACUUCAAAGCGAUUCGAUCGUUUCUGCUCGGGACGAGAUUAUAUUUUACGAAGCUUCCGAACGGAUGAGUCACUGUCACUGCCUAAAUUUGUCCAAGUAUCUUCCAAAGCAGAAACAGGAAUUUGAUAUAUUUCCCGAUAAUGUAUCUAUAAAUAUCUAACAUGGAGAAAAUAACACACUUGUGGAAUGUAAAUCAGUUUAUUACGAAAUUGAAUUGUUCUCAGAGUGUGAAUUUACAAACGUAUUAUAUACAAAGAUGUAGAACAUUUAACCAAAAAGUGAAAAUGCCAUUGCAAAAUUUUGGCCCAUCAGUGAUGUGUCCUUAUUGCGGAUCACUUUGGAAUACGAUAGAUCAUAGAAUCAGGAUAUCGAAAGGCAAGCCACUUUCCAGAUCCAUUAGAAAGAUUAUACAUUCCAUGGAUAACUAUAAGAAACCUGUAUCUAAAUUUCACAAAAGUUUAGUGCAGAAAUGUUUAAAAAGUAAAAUGAAUUGUCUAAUAAUUAAAUGUUCGGUAUGCUUAAAAAGUACUAGGAUACCUUUUGAUAAACCACCAAGAAAAAAAUUACCUAAAUUUAAUAAUGAAAGCGUUCAAGCAUCGCAAAAACGUAAGAAGAAGAGGAUCAAGGAUAAAACUGCGGGUUUAAAUAUUCCUGGAAAUUUAAGUAUGGAAACUGGUACGAUAAAAUUACAAGAAACAGCUACGAAGAAAGUAGGAAGCACUACAAAUUUUAUUACACCAACUCAGAAAUUAAAAAAAUUAAAUAUAAAUCGAUUAAAAGAUAUUGUAAACCAUGGUGCAACGCCUCACAAAGGAAAAAGUCUGCACAGUUUCUUAACAGAGUUCUGCUGAUGAUUUAUUAAAAUAUUUUAUAAAAUAUCGUGACCACUAUAAAUUGUUACUUACAACAUAAAAAAUAUCGUAUCCGUUUCAUUUACAAAAAACUUGGUAUCCUUUUAUUAUAAUUCCUUUAACAACACCUGUGAUUCAUCUUUGAAAACAAUAUUGCUUCUUCGCAUUAAAUAUCACACAACGUUAAA